UGAGCAGAAGCGGGCCACCACAUAUGAAUAGGAACGAACGAGCUAGGUGUGCAUCUGUAUGCGUGAGCAAUGGAGGCGCUCAUCUGCUUUGUGGUGGCCACCUUUGUGUUCCUGCUGCUCUUUGACCACUACUGCCACGAAGAGAGUCAGCAGGAGCGCACCCCGGCGACCACACGGGACGUUGUGGAUGAUGGCUCAAUGCCUGCGACCAAGAGCUGCUAUUACUCCACCAGCCUGUUUGCAAUGCUGGGUCUGUCACAAGAGGAAGUGCAUGACUUUGCGGCUUUCCGUGACCGCUUUAGCACCUUCUCAGAAGUCAGUACAGCCAUGCGACGGGCAGGGUUGCCCGACAUCCAUGUUAUCGUAGGGGUUGACUUCUCAGCCAGCAACGAAUGGCAGGGGAGGCGGACGUUUCGUGGCGAAAGCCUGCAUGCCUUGAAGCCAGGUGCGCAGAACCCGUACCAGAGGGCGCUCUCCUCCCUGGGUGCUGCAGUGGGACCCCUGCUGCAUGGCAAUCCCAUCCCAGCCUUUGGCUUUGGGGACUCGCUCACCAAGGAGGUGGACGUGUUUCCGCUCAUUGAGUCGGGUGCCUCGUGCCUGGACUUCAAUGACCUCAUGUGUGCCUACACGCACACUGCCCACAAGGUCCAGCUGUCUGGCCCGACGAGCUUUGCGCCCUUGGUGCAGAAAGCACAGCAGAUUGCUGUUGACAGCCGCGAGUUUCACGUGCUGCUCAUGCUGACUGAUGGACAGCUUAACCCUGCUGGAGAGAUCGCUUCCAGAAAAGCAAUCAUUGCAGCUUCUCAGGUGGCACCACUGUCACUGGUCGUGGUAGUGCUGGGCGACGGGCCGUGUGGAGCUCUGGUGCGCUGGGACGAUGGCGUCCCCGAGCGCCGCUUCGACAACCUGCAGGUGGUAAGGCAUGCCGAGGUGACACGUGGGUGCCGACACCCAGAUGCCGCAUUGGCCCUGCACGCGCUGAUGGAGGUGCCUGACCAGUACCAUGCAGCCGUGCAACUGGGUCUGCUCAAAGUUGGCAUGUCGUCUUGAUUGCGUUGAGCAAAAAAAAGAAAGACCACUGCUCCGGCCAACUCAUGAGUAGAAAGAAAGCUGUCACGUGUCUUUAUUGGAUGUUAUUGUGGUCCGUCCACACACAUUAUGCCAAGCAGAUUUCUAAACAUGAUGCCCCAAAGAUGUGGCCGUGCUAUCGCCACGACCUAUAUAGGCAAAAACAUGCCAUGAAUGCCACUAUAAACUGAAUGGCGAUGCAUGAAGGGACGUAAGCAGCUUUCUAGAAGACAGCUGAGAAAUGCAAAUCGGGGCAGCAAACACCAGAGAAGGAUGGACAGCUUGGCACAGUCACCCACUAGGCCUUUUUGUCUGCACUGGAGCAGCUUAAUUUAUGAGCCCGCAGCUUUUUGUAUAAUUUAGCCCAAAAUGCUUUCAAACGCUUUCAUGUGGCCACACAAAACUGUUUCCAGUGGCUUUAAAGGGUGGCCAACUGAUUCAAGUGCCCGAUGAAAGUUUCAAGGAAAACUAACUUUUGUGUGGUUUAACAUUUUGUGUUUAGCAGACUUUCCUGGUAACUAUGUAAGUAACAGUCUGCAAGUGCUGUGCUUUCUUUUAGAGGUGGUCUCGCAAAACCAUUAGCUGUGUUUUACAUUUCUAUAUAAAUGUUGCCCUCAGUAGCCUUGUUGUUAUUAGUGCGAGCUGUGAAGAAGCAGAAUAAGCAUUUUCCACCCAGCACUUCUACCACCCACGAAGAGGUUUAUUGGCCGAGCAUUCCUUUGGUAGCUCCAGGAAAAAAUCUGAUCAGUUAAAGCAGAGCACUGUCCAGAAAGACACCAGUGACCAGCAGCAAGUGAACCGAACAAGCACUUGUGAUGUUGCUGAUGUGUCUUCUCUUUUGCAGCGCUCAUUACAUCCAUCGUAAAGAAUAAGAGAACACUAAAUUGUGCAGCUUAGGAAACGGGUGAAGUAUGCUUGCGUGCAUUCACCUGUUAUCACUUGUCUUGAGGUACCUAGCAGUAAGUCAGUGACAUCAUCAUGAUUAUGUUGGUUCCUUUUUGAUGGUUCAUGCAUAGAUCAUUACUAAACCGUUCUGAAGUUCUUUGGCAGGUUUCGUUGCAGCUGUGCGCUUUCUAAGUAGUGCCAAUCAUCUUCUUUACAUCGUUCAGCAAUGCGACAUGCGUCAAAUCAUCCUGCACAAUUUUUCAUGAAACAGUAGUUCUGUGCAGUGUAGAAAGAAAGAGAGGGAAUGAAAGUUUCACAAUUAUUAUUGCUUCAUGGCAGUAUCGUAAUUUAAAGGGUGCCCUGUAGAUCCCGCAGUUCUGGUUGUCCUUGCCGUAGGAAUGGCUGCAUCUGCCAACAGCACUCCAUACCUCCAUACAAGGGAGUCUCAUUUGAGCACCCACCCAAAAUUUACAGGCCUUGUUUGGAAAAAUAAGGAGAAAGGGGGUGGUGAGGAGAUGCUUGCUGUGUUGCACAGCAGCUGCCCAAUGUUUUACUUCAUCAUCGUCAUUUAUUUGACCCUUAAGGGCCCCUUAGGGGCAUUACAAAAGGAGGGGAGGGGGACAUUUUUCUAAAUACAAAAACAAAAAAAAAAUAGAAAGUUGUACAAACACACGAGCAAUACUUUUGCAGGAUCCGAGAACAGGCGCACAGAAAAUGUACUUAUACAAGUAUAAAAAACAUGCGCGCACAAAAUUUACACAUACAAGAGCGCAAAAUACAGUGGCAGUGGUAGAGUUUUAAUGGGCUUCCAAGUUUAAGUGAGCUGUUAGUAGUUGUUUGAAUGCGCACGAGUCACGCUCUAAGACGAUGGCUUCCGGUAAGUUAUUCCAUUCCUCGAUGGCGACAGGAAGAAAUGACUUAUUGAAUGCAACGGUCAUACCGAAAAGACGUUGGAGGCUUCUGGAAUUGAAUUGCAGGCGGGAGAAAGCAAGAGAAAACCAUGCAAGUGAGGAAAAUAAUAGUAUAAUUUGUGAAAUAAACAAAGUCGAGAAAGUAUACGUCUGUCAGCUAGAUUCUGCAAGUCUAAAGACUCCUUUAUAAAAGUGAUGCUUGAUGAGUGAUCGUAAUUGGACAUAAUGAACCGGGCAGCCCUAUUCUGAACGGAUUCCAACAGAUUAAUCAGAUAGGUUUGGUGAGGGCUCCAAAUGGACGAGGUGUAUUCGAGCUUCGUACGAACGAAGGUUACGUACGCAAUUUUACGGACUGUAGGAGGUGAUAGGCAUAACGUUCUUCGGAUGUAACCAAGCUUCUUUGAUGCGUCAGCAAUUAAGUGUGUGAUGUGAUCCGACCACGUGAGAGUGUUAGAAAUAAGCACGCCAAGGUAUCAGUAACUAUCAACAUACGCCAAGGUCGUUGAGUUUAAAUUGUAGACGUGUUCCGAGUUAGAUUGUUUGCGAGAUACGCGCAUGACUUUGCAUUUGGAAACAUUGGUCUGCAUCAUCCAGAGUGAACACCAGUUUUCAAUUAAGGAUAGGUCAUUUUGUAGAAUUUCGUGGUCGUCAGGGGUGGUUAUUCGGCGAUAAAGGACGCAAUCGUCCGCAAAUAAUCGAAUGGAUGAUGAAAUUCCUGAUGGUAGAUCGUUCACAUAUAUGAGGAAGAGUAAGGGGCCGAGUACUGACCCCUGAGGGACACCGGAUUUAACCGGAGCAGCAGUGGAGUGAGACCGGCAAUGUCAGUGAACUGAGAUCGGUGUGAUAGAAAGCAUCAGAUCCAUGACAGGGCUAAAGGGUCCAAGUUCAGACAGCAGAGUUUGUUUAUUAGUCGUUGAUGAGCGACACGAUCAAAGGCUUUAGAGAAGUCUAUGUAUAUGACGUCAGUUUGAAAUAGAGAAUCUAAAUUUAGGUGGAGGUCGGCAGUGAAUUCAAAGAGCUGAGUUUCGCAGGACAAACCAGGUCGGACGCCAUGCUGAUUUUUGAAGAAAAACCCGUUGUUAUCGAGGUGGUGGGCAACAUGGGAAUAAAUAAUGUGCUCGAGGCAUUUGCAGGCAAUGCAUGUCAGCGAAAUAGGACGAUAAUUAGAUGGGUUAGAACGGUCACCUGAUUUGAAUACUGGGGUUACCUUGGCUACCCUCCAGUCCGCAGGUAUGAUACCUUCGGAGAGGGACUGAGAGAAUAUGAUUUGCAGAAUGUGGCUAGAAAUAGCUCCAGUGGAUUUUAGUAGCUUUGCCGGUAUGUUAUCAGGACCAGGGGCACUCGAUGUUUUUAGUUGGUUUAUAAUUUUUAGGAUACCUUCAGCAUUUAUGGUGAUGGAUGGCAUCUGGGGAAAGUUAUACCCGGAGGCAAAGGGGAUAUUGCCCGACGGCUCAUUAGUAAAGACUGAGGAAAAAUAAGAAUUCAUCAAGUCAGAGGGCUGCUGAGCUGGAACCUGUGAGCUAUCAGGAUUGCACAGUGAAAUGUUAUGCGCUAAAUUGUUGGGGUUGAUAAUGUUCCAAAAUUUUUUAGGUUUGUCGCGGAUGAUUUUUAAGAGAUCUUCAUGGUAAUACUUCUUUUUGGCUUUUUUCAGCGCGCUAGUAUAUUCCCGAAGGCAAGUGAAAUAUUUGUCCCAUUUCGAUGGAGAAAUGCUACGUUUUGCCUCGCGGAAAAGGCAUUUCUUCUUUUGUGAGAGUUUUUUUAUAGAAGUUGUAUAUCAAGGACUGUCGUCGUCACAGCGAACAGACACUAGUGGAACGUAUUCUUCGGUUAGCGUCAAGACCUUUUGUUUAUACAGUAACCAGUUCUGUUCAACGCUUCUGGAGAUGGCCGUUUGAGAGAAGAAACUAUAAAAGCUUUCCAAUUCGGUAAUGAUUGCGUGAAUGUUGGCUUUAUUGUAGUCGCGUAUGAGCUUCUUCCGUGAAUUAUGCCUAGGUACUGGAAUAGAGAGGUUGAAUAGUAUGGUACAGUGAUCCCUCAGGCCUUCUAUACACGUAGGUGAGUGAAUAAGGUCGGGGUGGGAAGCGAAGACAAGAUCAAGGAUGUUGUCACCACGAGUCGGAGUAUUAAUUGUCUGCGUGAGGUUGAAUAGGAGGGACAGUUGAAUGAAGUCAUUUGAUAGCCAUGAAGGGGCCUUAAGGUUGGCCCAGUCUAUAUCGGGAAGAUUAAAGUCCCCGCAGAGAAAGAAUUUUGCACGAGGAAUCGGGAGUUCAAAUCAACUAACACCGAGUGCAGGUCCUUAAUAAAAGCAUAGUCACAGUCUGGAGGUCGAUAGCAGGUGACCAGUAUGUGAUUACCCGAGGCAACUGGCAGAUUAAUACAGAGGAUUUCAUAGCUGCUGUUUAUAUCUACCUUAUAGGAGUGCAAGUGGGAUUUGACUAGAACCAGCAUUCCCCCUCCCCUUCUCUCAACCCUAUCUCGUCUGUAAAUUGUGAAGGACCCAAAAUCACGUAGAAUUUCGUUGCUCUGUAUGUUUUAAUUUAGCCACGAUUCAGUAAAAAUUGCUACUUCGGUGUUGUUGUCAAGUAGGAGUGCCUCUAUAGCUUCUUUUUUUGGCAGGUAACUGCGCACAUUCGCAAGUAGGACCGACAAAGUAUGAGGUGAACGGGGCGGAGAAGGCACAGGUGCAGCUUUAUUAGAUACUGAAUUCGUGGAAGCAUGUAGCAAUUGCUACUUUACUUCGAAAACAGAUGCUGUAUCAGCAUUGUACGUGAACUGUUUAUUUUCCAUGAAAAGCUUAUCAAACCUAAUUUUAAAUGGGCGUUUCUUUUCUUGAGCAAACAAGUAAAGAUUCUUACGGGCUAGACGAACACGAGAAGAAUAGUCUUCACGAAUUUGGAAAUUAGAGCCUUUAAGUUUGGAUCCAGCCACAAGUAUUCUAGUUUUAUCUUUAAAUGUCCAAGUUUUACGAUUAUCGGACGGUUCUUAGUGCCUUGAAAAUGGCCCAGCCGGUGGGCCCUUUCGAUUGCGUCUCUGUCAAGCGUUACGCCGAGACUUUCCGAGCAAAAAGCCAUUACUCGCGAUUUGGCUACUCGGCCCAUGUUUCACCUUCCGUGUCUGGCAUUCAAAAGAAAAUUAGAUUACAGCGACGCUGGCGAUUUUCCGAGUCGUCACACUUUGCAGCUAGUUCCCUUACUUCAGAAGCAAGUUUAGUGAUUGUGGAGCUAGUGUUAGAGUCUGAUACAGGCUCACUGGUCUGAGCCACUCUUUCCAGUGCAUCAACUCGAGCGGCGAGGUUGCUAACCAUACUUUUUAUGUUUGAGUUAUCAGCAUGAAUAAGGGUUAGCUCCGCCAGUACAGCAUUUUGACCUUAUUCAAGGCGGGAAAUAGCACUGGCUAUAGUUUCAAGGGACGUGGAGGAGUUUUUGCUAGUAGGACCAGGGUUGAGUUCGACGUCUCCUGACAUCAGAAGCAAAAGACUAGCUAGGUGAAAAUCGAUACAUAACAAGUACAACGACUGGCAUAACGAUUCACAUAGGUAACCACACAGGCCGAUUGAAGGGCACGGCACCGCAAGAACAUAACGAUCAUCAAAAUGAACGCUCAUGGCGUACGGUAAAUAACUAACCUGCGCAAACAGGGGAAGUCUCAUGACCGUGAUCGUUACGGUGGCGUGCCCCAGCUGAUUCCAGAGUGACAGAGGCUUUUGUAGGAGGGGCGUAGUUACCCGCACGCCUGGUAGCACUAUGUUGCCCGCCGAAAUUGCAAUCAGUCACCAAACGUGGAGGGUAGCUUUUGGUUCCAGUAUUCAGCUGUGAUCCGAGGGUCGCUGCGUCGAAGGUUUCAGGCAUUGGAGUCAUCGCAGGAAACCCAAGAUCGGGCCAGGGUAGAUUCCGUGCAGAAGUAGGAACCGUGGUGACGACGAGUGGGCCGGCCAUGAUCGCAAGGGCAAAAACCUGCACAAACAGGAGAAGUCUCAUGACCGUGAUCGUUGCGGUGGCGUGCCCCAGCUGAUUCCAGAGUGACAGAGGCUUUUGUAGGAGGGGCGUAUCACCCGCACGCCUGGUAGCACGAUGUUGCCCGCCGAAAUCGCAGUCACCAAACGUGGAGGGUAGCUUUUGGUUCCGGUAUUCAGCUGUGAUCCGAGGGUCGCUGCGUUGAAGGUUUCAGGCAUUGGAGUCAUCGCAGGAAACCCAAGAUCGGGCCAGGGUAGAUUCCGUGCAGAAGUAGGAACUGUGGUGACGACGAGUGGGCCAGCCAUGAUCGCAAGGGCAAAAACCUGCGCAAACAGGGGAAGUCUCAUGACCGUGAUCGUUGCGGUGGCAUGCCCCAGCUGAUUCCAGAGUCAAGUGUUACAGCUGUUAUAGCUGAUCAGCUGUUACAGCUGAUUGAAGCAAGUGUUACAGCUGUUAACCAACUCCAAGACCACCCAUUGCCCUAUGCAUUUCUGAGGGGAGAAAAAACAAAACCAUAAUCCUGCAGCUGAGAACACUGUCGAAGGGCACCUGCAAGUCGAGUGCCCGACUCCCUUUGUUGUCACAGAGGGUGUCGAAUGAAGUAAGUCUUGUGGGUGGGAACAAAAGGGCACAUGCGACAUUAUGCCCCAUUUGCUCAUCACCGCAUUCAUAUUAAGGGAAUUUCAUUUAGCCAUUUUAGCAUUGGUUUGUUGCUUGCCAUGCAAAGAUGAAAUCGUCGAGAUAAUUGAAUUGGGUGCUUGCUUCAGUCAUAGGUACUUUGCGUAUUUGGUGCAGCAUCCGCCCUGACGAAUUUUUCAGCUGCACACCUGGUUCUGCAUUUUGCUGUGAAAUGGGGAAGACAGCAUAGGAAAAGGGUUCAGCCUGGCUGGACUCCACCGGAGCGCAUUGCUGCCUGCUGAUUGUCAGCAAGAUAUUUGGCACAAGGGACGUUCCUCGGUGAUCUUUGGAGCUGGACUGAACAUCACUUGAGUGGCUAUUUCGGCAGAGAAGUGCCUGCCGCUUCUUGAUCAUGUCGCUUGAGAAUUUCAGAGCUGCAACAAUGGCAAUGUGGGGAGAAUGGAUUUGCCUGCAUGAACCCAAGACGUGCACAGUGUCUAAAGGUCACCCUGCAGGCUUCUGCCGCUGGCAGGCUCAAGUGUUCUGGCAGCUGUCUCGCCAUGCACUCUGCAUGGACUUCUCUUGCAAAGCUACUGUAAACAGUGUGUAAUGUGACCCUCGGAAAACCUCGGGCUAGUUGUUUUGGAGCACAGCAAGUGAGCAAGCACUGUGGUGAACAGUUUCAUUGCUUUGGGCAUUUUUAUGGGUCAUACAAAUAGCAUCAUUCGAAUGAAAAGAAGUCCUCGUCAAGGUGACCGAGUAACAGAUUUAAUUGAGAGCUGCUUCUUGCAGGGCAAGUUGUUGGAUGUCUGGGUUGGCAGAAAAACAAGACACAUAGAGUGCAAACUGGGAACUGAAUUUAUUGAUUUGGUUGUCGCAUAUAUACAGUUGAGCCCCUUCAUAAGAAACUCUUAGUGGGCACGGCGAAAACGCUGGAAGCAGAUCACUGUUUCGUUUUCUUUGUUCAGACUUUGUUCCUGACAUCUGCCCCCUUCUUCGAUUCGCCCGCAUUCAAGCCGAUUCCAGCAGCGACAACAUGUGACAUCGACGGCAAGGCUGCAUGGCUCCUUCCAACGCUUUUUGACGCAAGGAGCAAGAGUCACGGGUUCGUGACGUCGACAGAACCAGCCCCUAUAAAGGUGGCAUUGCGGGACACACUUGCCAGUGGGCACGGCGAAAACGCUGGGAGCAGAUCACUGUCCAUGUGUCUCGUUUUCUUUGUUCAGGUUAGUUACAAUAGCACAAUAUGCAGUGAUGACAGAUACCUGAUUUUAUUGCCGUGCCCACGUGUGUGCUUGAGUAUUGCUUAUGAUUGCUUAUUUUCAAGCAAGCUUUUAAUUUGUGGUGAUGUCGAAGAGAAUCCGGGCCCCUCUGUCGAGGAAAUGUUCCAAUCGUUAGUAAUUGGCCAGCAGGCAAUUAGAGAAGACAUUGCUUCCUUGAAGGAGAGACUGGAAUCCACAGAGAAAGCUGUACAAGGCUUUGAAAAGCGUCUAAGCAACUUGGAAUAUAGCAUGGUUAAAUCAAAAGCGAGAAAUUGCGAACACGAGGGAGUAAAUGCGGCUGUGGAUGCAGUGCAAAAAUUACUCAAAGUUCAACAGGAAAAACUUGUCGAUCUAGAAAACCGCAGUCGCCGUUCGAAUUUGAUUGUUUUUGGAAUUCCGGACGAGCCAAAUGAAACUGAGGUGAAGCUAUGGGAUAAGGUUGUUCACGGCGUCUUUCGUUACAAACUGGGGAUAAAUUGCAUAUCCGUGGCGCGAAUUCACCGGUUUGGAAAAGCACACCGAGGAAGGGCAGUCAUUGCGCUCAUUCAAAGUUACUCUGAGAAAGAAGCACUGCUAAAGAAUGCACACAAGCUAAAGGGAACAGGUAUAUCAUUGCAAAAUGACUAUUGUGCAGACACAUUGCGCAGGUGCCGACUUCUGUGGAGCAGUACACAAGACGAAAGAGCAAGCGGUAAGAAAGUCAAGCUCGUUCAUGAUAAGAUUCGCAUUGACGGUGCUCUAUACUUUUUGGAUGACGCACACAAUAUGCGGAAAGAAAUUCUAAAGAAAAAGGAAAACUCUGAGACACGAACGCGACAUACAGAAUAGCAGUCACAGUAUCGGCAGUUGCGACUGCUUUCACUAAAUGUCCUAAGUGUUGUCAACAAAAUAGAAAAACUGCAUGAUACCUUGCUGGCAUACGAUCCUCAUGUGUGCGUUAUUUGUGAAACUUGGUUGCACGACGGGAUGCGUGAUGAUGAAAUUGUUUCACCGAACCAUCAAUUGUUCAGAAAAGAUAGAUGUUCCUGAGGUGGUGGUGUUGCAGUCAUUUCAAAAAAUAGUGUUGAUGUAAGAGUACUAGAUCAGAUUGACAAACAUAAAUGUUUAUUCUUGAGUGUCACUGUUCAAAGCGUGCAAUUCAUAUUAUGUUCCAUGUAUCGAGCCCCAAAUGCUGAUGAUCAGUACAUGCAGAAGUUAUAUGAUCUCAUUUUGAAGGUUAAAGGAAAAAAACCUAAUAAUUACUGGUGAUUUUAAUCUGCCACAAAUAGAUUGGUAUCAUUGGAAACGUGGACAUAGCCUGUCAUGUGACUUGCUCAUUGAUAUUCUACUAAACAUGAAUCUCCAUCAAGUUGUACAUGCACCUACCCGUGGUAGCAAUAUUCUUGACUUGUUAUUUGUUAGUGACAUUUUCAGCAAAGGAGUUGUUGAGAUUGAGAAUGGCAUUUCUGAUCAUCAGCUGAAUUCCUUCAUGGUAUCAAUGAGUGAGAGUCAUGUACGGUUACCCCAUGAAAAAACGGAAGUUAGAGAUUAUCAUAAAGCGGAUGAUGAAUCUAUUAUUGAUUAUUUAGAUUUGCACCUAAAUAUUGUUGACAGAGAUGUAGAGCUUUCUUGGCAAGCAUUUACGGGCACCAUUACUUAUUGUACUGACAAAUUUAUUCCUUUGAAGAGCAUUAAGAAACCCUUGUCCAACCCUUGGUUAAGCAGAGACAUUAUCCAAACUAGGCGCAGACUCAAGAAAAUGAAAAAGAAACAUAAAUUCAAGAGUCCAAUGGUCAUAGAAUUAAUAAAUAAUUUGCUGGCUAAAGUGGAAAAGGCGCAAGAUAGAUUUUUCAAUCAUAGCGUUUCUGAUUUUAUCAUAAACUCUCCCCAAAAGUUUUGGCGCUAUCUAGGUCAGUCAAAAAAGCCGCACAAAAAGUAAACAUUAACGGUAAAAUUAUUGAAGACCCUCAAGAUAUUCCAGAACAUUUCAAUGAUUACUUCUGGAGUGUGUUUUCUGAAUUAGACUGUUAUGAACUAAGCAAUGCAAAACCUGUAGUGCACGAGUUUACAGUUUCUCGACAAGGUGUUUUGGAAAUGCUUCUUAAUCUUGAUGUACGUAAAUCUGCAGGCCCUGACGGUAUACCGAAUGUUUUUUUACGACGUUACACGGAAUAGAUUUGUGUCUUUUUAACAGAGUUUUUCAAGUUAUGUUUACGCUUUGAGAAUAUUCCAUCCGACUGGCGCAAAGCCAGAGUUGUCCCAAUUUAUAAAAAGGGAGACUAUCUUGCAGUUUCUAAUUAUCAACCACUUUCUAAUACAAGUACUUGUAGUAAAUUAUUAGAACACAUUGUGGCAGGUUUUAUUCGCCAGUAUUUGAGUGAUCACAAGGUCCUCUCUCAACAACAGCAUGGAUUUCGAAAGGGGUUAUCGGCUACAACUCGGCUUGUGUCAGUUGUUCAUCAUAUUUCUGAGGUACUUGACUCGUUAGGACAAGUCGACAUGCUAUUUUUCGAUUUCAGUAAAGCCUUCGAUAGGGUGCCUCACGGAAAAUUAAUCUACCAGCUUGAGUGCAUUGGUCUCCCUUCAAACAUUAUAUCAUGGAUCCAGGCAUACCUACGGCACAGGCAACAGUUCGUAGAAAUUAAGCAAUGCUCGUCCGUUGCGCGCCAUGUAACCUCGGGCGUGCCGCAAGGCAGCGUACUGGGACCACUCCUAUUCUUGAUCUAUAUAAAUGAUAUCUCGGAAAAACUCCCUAGUGACGUGCAUGUAAAUUUAUUUGCGGAUGACUGUGUCAUAUUUAAAGAAGUUACCUCGUAGAAUGAUCACCAAAGCUUGCAGCAAUCAGUCACAGCUAUUUCAGAGUGGUGUAGACUUGGGGAAUCGAAAUAAAUGUACAAAAAACAGUUUUGAUGCGAGUAACAAGAAAAAAAGAACCUAGCAUAUUUUCUUACGUUCUUAACGACACCAUAAUAACCAAGGUUGACCUGUAUAAAUACUUAGGCAUCGCGUUUGAUAACAAACUUACUUGGUCAGGUCAUAUAUCUCUAACAUGCUCUUCGGCCUUGCGCAAAUACUGGUUUUUGAAAAGAAAACUUAGCAAAGCUCCGGCGAGUACAAAGCUUUUGGCAUACAACGCAAUUGUGCGCUCAAAACUUGAAUAUGCAGCGGUUGUAUGGGAUCCUCACACCAAAAAAGACAUCAUGAAUUUGGAGCGUGUGCAGAGGAAGGCUGUUAGAUUUAUUUUCGGAAAAUACAAAAGAGAACAUUCCCCUUUACUUCUAAUGCUUAUCAAUAAAAUAAGUUCACUAGAACAUCGCCGUAAACUUAGUCGCCUACAGUUUCUGCACAACAUAAUAAAAGGAAAAAUUGGCCUUCAGAAGCCUCACUUUUUAAUACCCCUAAACACACGGUUGACUAGACAGGCACAGCUUUUUUCUCAUGCCUGUAUUCGCCAAAACCAAAUCUCACAUGAACAGUUUUUUUCCGCGCACCAUAAAAGAAUGGAACUCUUUACCUGUUCAUGUCAUAGAAUCGGAAAACUUUACAAAGAAUUGGAAAACCACUUCUCCUAAUGUUUAGUAUAAAUAUGAUCAGUGUUAAACAUUUCGUACAAUUGUGUCGUGAAUACCAUGCUCUGUGUAGUGCUCUAUUAUUGUCUUAAGAUUUUUUUUUUUUCGUUGCUAUCACUUGUGUAAAUUGUUUUGCGAAGCAAGCGUCUUGCACUGUAUGUUUUUCUUCUUGCAUUGUUAGUCUUUUUGUGAAUGCCUUGUUAUUGUAUUUUGUAUUUGCCCCUCCUGCAUGGGCCAGCAUAUUGGCCUGCAGUAGCGAUAAAUAAAAUAAAUAAAUAAAUGUAAGAGACAAAUGGGUAUAAGAAAUGCCAGUGUGCCUACAGCAAAAUAAGGGGUGGAUAAGAAAAUGCAUACAAGGUACCCUGCUUAUUAGAGACAUCUUAUAUAAAAUUCAAGAAUUAUAUACAGAGCAUGCCUCUUAACUGUAUAUCCCAAAUAAUUGGAAAGAGCCCCCGGGAAAGGAAGACGGAAGAUGCACAUGUCACCUCACAUCUUUCAGUCUACUUUGUUUUUUUCCUGUGUUCGUCCUAUGGUAUGUGCUACUAUUCCCAUCACCAGGAGUGACGGAUGUUUGAGAGAAAUGUAGACAGUCGCCAAAAUGCCAUUUGACAGGCUAAAUGGCAGGAUACUUUGAUUAAGACUGCUUCCUGGUAUCUGCUCAAUGCUUGUUGUUGGAACAAGAGCUGUCUGCAUGUACCAACAUUUUGACAAAAGGGGCUUGUAUUUAUCAGGCUUGUCUGGUCACUAAAUUUGGCCCAUUAAAAGACAUUUCAAUGCUUGUGUCAUUUCAGUGACCA